AUGAUGAGUAAAGAAAAUGUAUCAUCGUCGAUUUCGUCAUCCUCUAUUGUUAAGCAUACAUUGGAAAACACCCCUGUGUGCACUUGUGGAUCACCCGCUUCACUUAGAACAUCUAAUACGCGGCGAAAUCCGGGCCGAGCAUUCUUUGGGUGUUCAAACUACAAUAUGAAGGGGUUACCACAUUGCAACUUUUUUAAAUGGGCAGAUAGCGGUCAGGAAAGAGAACAAGAACUUGUGAAAAUUGAAACUGAUCUGUUAAGGAAGAAGGAUGAGCUUCAGAAAACACAGGAAGAGUUUCAGAAAACACGGGAAGAGCUUCAAAAAUUAGAGGAAGAGGUUCGUAAAACUAUGGAAGAAAUUCGACAUUGGAUGGAAGAGAGAUUGGCCUUGCCAAUGCAUAUAGUUCAUAUAAUCGGACCUAUCAUGUCUGGUUGUUAA